CCGUUACCUCAAUUCCCGUUAAACUCUUCGAAAACCUCAUUCAAAUGCAACUUUUCUCGUGUCAGUCGUAGCUUCGAUUUCGUCGCGUAAGCAUCAUUUAAUAUUAAUAAGCAUAAUUGUUCGAUAUUUUAAUUUGUUAACAAAAACUCGUAUCAAUAUCGUUGCAACUAUAUCUUGUCGCAGAGAAAAGUACGAAAAUAUGGCCCUUGAACCACCGGAGUGUGAAUAUUUGAAUGAAGAAGAUACCAAAAAAAUGAUGAAAUUAUUUACGGGUGAAAGAUCAGGUUUCGUUCUCGUGGGUCCCAAAAAAUGGUUCUUGCCUCUUAGAUAUACGACAGAGGGUAAAGAAUAUUAUAAUUUUAAGGCAAGGCCAGAUGAUACGUGGGUGAUAACUUAUCCUCGAUCAGGAACGACUUGGACUCAAGAAUUAGUUUGGUUGCUAUCAAAUGACUUAGAUUUUAACACAGCAAGGACAGAACUCUUAUCAAAAAGAUUUCCAUUUCUGGAAUUUAGUAUGUUCAAUCAUCCAGAAGUAAUAGAUGAAACGAUAAAAAUGAAUGAGGGUGAUAAAGCUAAGGUAGAACUCUGUAAAACGCUUUCUGAGCCAGGAUACGAAGUCUUGGCAAAAAUGCCUUCCAAGAGGUUCAUAAAAUCACAUUUUCCAUUUUCUUUGUUACCUAAUGUUUUGAAGAGCGGUUGCAAGAUAGUGUAUAUCGCAAGAAAUCCAAAAAAUGUGGCAAUUUCUUGGUAUCACCUUAAUGUGUCAAUUAAAACACUUGGAUUCGUAGGUGAUUUUCCAACAUUUUGGGAUUACUUUCAAAAUAACCUCACAAACUGGAGUCCGUAUUGGGAACAUUUGAAAGAAGCAUGGACAAACAGAAAUAAUCCGAAUGUUUUAUUCAUGUUUUAUGAAGAAAUGCAUCAUGAUUUCCUAAAAGCAAUUAAAAAGGUUGCUAAAUUUCUUGGAAAAACAUAUACUGAAGAACAAAUCAAAGAAUUAGCAGAGUAUUUAAAUAUAAAAAAUUUUCGUAAUAAUCCAAUGGUAAAUUUAUCAGAAUUAAAAGACUGUGGUGUGAUAAAAGCAGGAAUAUUUGUUAGAAAGGGUGGAAGUGGUGGAUGGAACGAUAUGUUCACAGAAGAGCUCAACGCCAAAGCUAAUAAAUGGAUCGAAGAAAAUUUAAAGGAUACAGAUCUCACUUUUCCGUAUUUUAAUAUUAAUGGUAACUAUAAAUAAUAUGUUAUA